GUUCCCCAAAUGUUUUGUUUUGAUAUUUUCAUAGCAAAUUUAAUUACUCCUCAAGUUCUAAUAUAUGAAUUAGUCAUUUAUUUGUGCUGUUGAGCUCUGUUGGAUUCAGGAAAUCGUUCAUGAUCAAUAUUAUAUAUAUUUCAAUGCCGGGAAGUUUUCUGUUCUAUUUUGAAAGGGACUUUGGUCACCAGGAAAAGUCGGUGACGUACAGGGCAUGAACUUUUUUAUCUAUCCUGUGAGAGGAUAAAGGGACAUGUGAAAGCCUUGCUGAGCAGACACACGGCUGCACAGGUGAAUAACAGGUCGAAGGAAAAACAAACGGCAAGAUGUGUUGCUCCGGCUUUCUCAAACUCAUGAUGUUCGUCUUCAAUGGCAGCAUCUUUUUGGCAGGCGUGUGCAUCCUGGGCGUGGGAGUGUGGGUGAAGGUGGACAGCGGUUCUCUGCUGGGUCUGCUGGAGAGCGUGGAUGGCGCCCCGCCUGGUGUCUCCCAGCUGGCCAACGUCGCCUACCUGCUCAUUGCAGUGGGCGCCGUGCUGCUGCUCAUCGGCUUCUUGGGCUGCUGCGGCGCCGUCAGGGAGAGCAGCUGCAUGCUGCUGACGUUCUUCAGCAUAAUACUGAUUAUCUUCAUCGUCGAGGUAGCGGGAGCUGUGGUUCUGCUCGUCUUUAAGGAUGUGGCUGAGCAGAUUCUUGACAGUCUGGAGGAUGAAGUUAAAACGAGCAUUAAAGAUGAGUAUGGACGCAACAACCGUUUCACCUCUCUCUGGAACGCCACCAUGGAGGAGUUUAAGUGCUGCGGAUACAAGAGCUACAGAGAUUUCAAUGGCUCCGCUUUUUACAAUGACAACGGAGGAGAUCUUUACCCAAUGACAUGUUGCAAUGAAACCAUCCUGGUGUGCAAUACGGACGAAGCACAUGGUUCGAUGGUUGAUGGCUGCUUUACAAGGCUGCUGCAGCUGAUCGAGGAAAACGCUGUGGUCGUUGCCGCCGUGGCUCUGGGAAUCGCUGCUCUCGAGCUUGCUGCCAUGGUGGUUUCAAUGGUCCUCUACAAGAAUAUUGGCAACAAAGCGUGAUAUUUCCUGUUUUAAAUGAGAUAAUGUCAUUCCAAUUAGUGGAGAAAUCAUACUUUUAGGUUUUCUAUAUAGUUUUUCUAUAUGUAGACUUUUUUUAUUGGAUUCAAAACAGACUGAUUAUCAGAAAAACACACACUUAUGUAGAGGAUUAAACUGGAUAAGUAGUGAAUACAUCUGAAACAUUCUUAGUUUCAGAACUCCAUUUGUACACAAGCUGUGAUUUAUUUAUGUUUUAAGUAGUGAACAUUGUUAGUGCUGAUACAUAUAGUUAGUAAUAUAUGAUAGACUGAAAGGAUCUGCUCAAGUCGUGUGAUUUGUAAAUGUGUCUCUCACACUCACUGCAUGCUGCAAUAAUCUAUUUUUGUAUGUUCAAUCAUUUUGAAAUAAUAAAUGUCACAGUAUCAUUCA